CUCGGGGAAGGGUGUCUAGCCAUGCCGCGUUCUUAUUGGGCCCUAUCAGGGAAGUGGGUGGGCAAGGGGGCGGAGCUUCAGAUAACAACACUGGGAGCUGGGGCCGCGGCUAUUUGUUGCUGCGCCGCCACCGCCCAAGGAUGAAGUGCGCUUCUCUCGGGCUCUCGUAGCAGCCGCAGCCGCUUCGUCUCUACGAUCUCUGCUUGCUUUUGCGCCCCUACCCCCGCUUGAACCAUCCUCCUCGCGCCAUGACCGUCGUCUCCGUCCCGCAGCGGGAGCCGCUGGUCCUGGGCGGCCGUCUCGCGCCCGUAGGAUUCUCCGCCCGCGGUUACUUCGGGGCCCUCCCGAUGGUGAGUCCGGCCCCGCCGCCUUUGCCUCGGAUCCCGGACCCCCGGGCGCUGCCUCCCACCCUCUUCCUCCCUCACUUUAUGGGAGGAGACGGUCCCUGUCUGGCCCUGCCGGCUCGCGCUCCGGCCCCGCUGCCCAACUGCAGCCUCGCCGCUGCUGGGGGCCCUCCUCGGGCGGCGCCGAAGAAGCGGCGGAAGAAGAAGGUGCGGGCCAACCCGGCGGGGCAGCUACCCAGCCGUUUCCACCAGUACCAGCAACACCGGCCGAGCCUGGAGGGUGGCCCGAGCCCCGUCGCCCAGAGUCAGAGUGGAGCGCCGGAGGAGGUCACGGAGCGGACCGUCGCCUCUGCCGCUGGACCCGCGGCCAGACGAACCGACGCGGCAAGCCCGUUCCCCGGCCAGCUGCCACCAGGGGCGCCCGACCAGCCGUCGCUUGGAAGAGAGGUUUUAAAAUCAAAGAUGGGAAAAUCAGAGAAAAUUGCCAUUCCCUACGGCCAGUUUGUGCACGGUUUACACGUAUGUGAACAACCAAAGAUAAACAGACAGAAAAGCAGAUUCAACUUACCGCUAACCAGGAUCACUUCUACAAAAAGAAAUGAAAAUAACUUUUGGCAGGAUUCUGUUGCAUCGAGUGUAAUUCAGAAGCAGGAAAAAAAGCCGUUUAAAAAUACUGAGAACAUUAAGAAUAUGCAUUUGAAGAAAUCAUUUGUAACUGAAGUGAGCCAAAAAGAAAAUUACGCUGGGGCAAAGUUUAGUGAUCCACCUUCUCCUAGUGUUCUUCCAAAGCCUCCUAGUCACUGGAUGGGAAGUACUGUUGAAAAUUCCAACCAAAAUAAGGAGUUAAUAGCAGUACACUUAAAAACUCUCCUAAAAGUUCAAACUUAGAUUUCAGUAUGUAUGUAAAACAUAGUGUUCCCAAAAUUCCUGAACUCUUAAAAGGAAAAUUGGUACAGAAAUGGAAUUUUGCCUUGUUGCAGCAUACAAGGGCAAAAGAGCUUAAACAGUUACAGCUUAUAUUUUAUAUUUUGUAAAUACUGUAUACCAUGUAUUAUGUGUAUAUUGUUCAUACUUGAGAGGUACAUUAUAGUUUUGUUAUGAAAGUAUGUAUUUUGCCCUGCCAUACUGGUAGGUGUUUUGUAUAUAUGCAAUGGAGAUUUUUAAGUGUGUGCUAAGGCACAUGAAAGACCAAUUCAUUUGCACACAAGGCACUGAGAUUUUUUUUCUCCCUCCACCAAGAAACAGCUAUCAAAUCUCAAGUUGAAGAUCUAAAUGUGAACAGUUCACUAAUGCACUACUGAAGUUUAAGUCUGUGGCAUAAUCAUUGUAAACAUGGAGUUUGUCUGUGUUUCUCUAAAUUUAUUUCUGCCCUCUAUAAUUACUAGAAAAUGCCUAUUCACAUUUGUCCCAAACUUAAUUUCUGGUUUUCGGCUUCUUUCCAUUCAAAUUUAAAGUACUCCUAAUUUUAAUGCCAACAAAAUUGGUUGUAAUCAAAUUUUUAAAUAAUAAUAAUAAUAAUUCGGCCCCCCCUUUUAA